AUGGUCUGUAUUUUUCAUGGGGGAGCUGGUGAUUUAACUGUAACUGCCAAGGGGAAAAGAGGAAAUUCUCUUGUUAUGCUGCGACCGGACAAUAAUCCUCAGUGGAUGGUCAGUAGGAACUCUUUCCCUGUUGUGGAUGUAGUCAUAGAUCCUCAUCUUGUGCAUCAUCUUCGACCACAUCAGAGAGAAGGAAUCACAUUUCUUUAUGAAUGUGUGAUGGGAAUGAGAGUGAAUAACAGAUGUGGAGCUAUUCUUGCUGAUGAAAUGGGUUUAGGGAAAACAUUGCAAUGUAUUUCGCUCAUCUGGACUCUACAGUGUCAGGGACCCUAUGGAGGCAAGCCAGUAAUAAAGAAGACACUUAUUGUCACACCUGGAAGCUUGGUGAAUAAUUGGAGGAAAGAAUUUCAAAAAUGGUUAGGAAGUGAAAGGAUCAAGGUAUUUACUGUUGAUCAGGAUCACAAAGUAGAAGAAUUCAUCAAAUCUCCAUUUUAUUCUGUUCUUAUCAUCAGUUACGAAAUGUUACUUCGUUCCCUGGAUCAAAUUAAAAAUAUCAAAUUUGAUCUUCUAAUCUGUGAUGAAGGGCAUCGUUUGAAGAACAGUGCCAUUAAGACAACUACAGCUCUCAGUAGCCUCUCUUGUGAGAAAAGAAUAGUUCUAACUGGUACUCCAGUUCAGAAUGAUCUGCAAGAAUUUUUUGCAUUAAUUGAUUUUGUAAAUCCAGGAAUAUUAGGCUCUUCGUCAUCUUAUAGGAAAAUAUAUGAAGAACCCAUCAUCAUAUCGAGACAACCUUCUGCUUCAGAGGAAGAAAAAGAAUUAGGAGAGAGAAGAGCAGUCCAACUUACUUGCCUCACUGGACCGUUUUUCCUCAGAAGGACCCAAGAAGUCAUAAAUAAAUAUCUUCCACCUAAAAUAGAGAAUGUAGUCUUUUGCCGACCAGGGGCACUACAGAUUGAGCUUUAUCGAAAGCUGUUGAAUUCUCAGACUGUCAGAUUCUGUCUUGAAGGGUUGUUGGAAAAUAGUCCUCAUCUAAUAUGUAUAGGAGCUCUUAAAAAACUGUGCAAUCACCCCUGCCUUUUGUUCAACUCUAUAAAGUAUGGUUCUGCUAUAGAGCUGAUCCAGCCUGCUACUUGUUCUUCAGAGCAUGUCUACAUUCAUACAGCUGAACUAGGGAUGACAUGGAUCGUGUUGGUAUCCAAUUACACACAAACCUUGAAUAUUUUACAAGAAGUAUGCAAGCGGCAUGGAUAUGCUUAUGCAAGACUUGAUGGACAAACACCAAUCUCUCAAAGGCAGCAAAUUGUUGAUUGCUUCAAUAGUAAAUACUCUUCUGAUUUUAUUUUUUUGUUAAGUUCAAAAGCUGGUGGUGUGGGACUUAACCUUAUUGGAGGAUCUCACAUAAUUCUCUAUGACAUCGAUUGGAAUCCAGCCACUGAUAUUCAGCUAAUGAAUGUUUUCUCUUUAGGUACAAUUGAAGAAAAGAUCUAUCAAAGGCAGAUCAGUAAGCAGGGUCUGUCUGGGGCAGUUGUGGACUUCACCAGGACAUCUGAACAUAUUCAGUUUUCAGUAGAGGAACUUAAAAAUUUGUUCACAUUACACGAAAAUUCACAUUGCGUUACUCAUGACCUUCUUGACUGUGAAUGUACAGGAGAACAAGAUCAUCCAGGUGAUUCAUUGGAAAAAUUCCCUGUCUCUAGAAAUUGUCAGCUUGGUCCAGAAUGCCAGAAGUUUAACUCCCUGAAGCCUGUCUCCAUGUCACAGCUGAAGCAAUGGAAACAUUUUUCUGGAGAUCAUUUAAAUCUUACAGAUCCUUUUCUUGAAAGAAUAAGAGAAAAUGUGUCAUUCGUUUUUCAGAAUAUAACUAAUCAAACUGCUCUAUAAUGAAAGAUUACUUCAUGACAUUCACUUGCUUCCCCUUUAAAAAAAAAUAAUAGUAAUUGAAUGUAAUUUUUGAAAACUAAUAUAGUUAUUUAAAUAAUAAUAAAUUUUGUUGCAAAGUGUAUCAUAGUUUUGAUACACAGUCAAAACUGUUGGAGUUUAAUUUUUUUGUAUGUAUUCUUCAAUGUUAAAUAUUAAAGACAUACUUAUAUCAUGAUUGUUUAUUAAUCAUUCCAUAAUUAACAUCUCUUAUCAAGUACCUACUAAGGAAUUUUCAUAGGGAAUAUAAAAAGUAAAAUACUUAUUCUCUGUCUUGGGGAAAUCUAAUCUGAUUAGGAAUAUUAGACAUAGAUGUGUGAAAUAAUUGAAAAGUUGAUAAAUUUAAACUGUAGCUCAAAGGAGAAAGAGAAUCAGAGGCUGGAAUUGCAGAUGCUGAAGAUGUUGGAGGUAAUAGUUGCUACAGGGCAGUUUGAGUGCGAAUGGUCAGUAGGUUGGGGCAGGAAAGGAAGGAUGAUGGGACACUUCAGAGCACUGGUUCCUUGUCUUGAGAUCUCAGACUUAUGGGACACUGGCAUGCAAUCUAUAAAGCUAUGUCCAACAAACAUUGUACAUUGAAUAAAUGUUCAACUACCACAAUGUCAAGGGGUGUCUAUAGUAAUUUUUGACAUUAAAAAGAGUUUUAAUGCACAAAGCAAGCGA